UGCUGCAAAACCUCGCACUGUCGUUACCAAUUUCAGCACUUAUCUCGUGUAUUUUUGUCUGCGGCUUUAUUGACUGAAAAUGCACCUGCUGAAGCAUCUUCGCCAGCUAAACGGCCUCCAAGGACUGCGGCAGGCCAUCCGCCAGGUGUCCUCCGCCCCCACCAAACCCUCUGCCCUGCAGUACGAGCGGGAUCCGCAACCGCUGUUUACGGAUGCCGAAACACAGCGGCUGCUCCAGUCCAUGACGCAACUGAACUUGGAUCGGGUUUACCGGAAGCGCACAGUGCCGGACAACAGCAGCGAAACGAAGUUCAUGACCAACGAGCAGCUGGACAGCGAGUUCCAGGACAUGGUGGUGCGGGCGCAACAUAUGCUCCAAAUGCCACCAAUCGUGGAGAUCAAAAAGGAUGUCCAGCGCGUCAUAGCCAAGGAUCCUGCGCUUAAGGACUUCGCCAGCACCAAGUACGUUUUCACGGACAUCACCUUCGGCCGGCGGCAGUCGGAGCGCAAGGUGUUCGUCCGGGAAACGGACGGAACCUUAGAAUACGCCAAUCUGGACACCAUCAAGCGCAUGAACCAGUUGUAUUUCCCUCUGGAGGGUCGCCAGUCGUAUAUUCCUCGCAUGUUUGCCUUGGAGGAACUGCUGUCUAAGUGCCUGACGGAGCACAAGUACGAGUUCAUCCUGGAUCGCCUCCUUGUGCAGUACGAACCACAUGAGCCGGAGUUCCAUAACAUAUCUGCGCGCGUCUUCGAGCAUCUCAACGAAUCCAAGCAGUUCGAUCUACUGCGCUCUACGCGCCACUUUGGACCCAUGGCCUUCUUCUACGCCUGGCAUCGCUGCAUAGACGACCUGCUGUAUGACAUGAUCCGCCGGGAUUACCUGCACAACGCCGUGGAGCUGAUUGCUUUGAGCUACAAGGUACACCAAAUCCCAGUUGAAUAUGAGGCUACGCUGACUGAAUUGGACAAACUGCAUCCCACACCCUCGCAGAAAGCUCUGGCGGAACUGAGAAGCGUCUUUCGUCGCCCGGAGGACCAACAAGGCAUCGAACAGGAGAUCAACACGGCCAUCGGAAAAACGGAGCAGGAUUUCGCAGCCGAUGAGAUCAGUUUGAAGUUUAUCGAGCAGUACAUUGCCAGCGAACAUUCACUGAAGAAGGUGCAACUGGAAUUAGCAGUGCAGACCUUGAAGGAAGUCAAUCGGGAAAAACUGUUGCUGUUCCAGGGAUUAAAGAAGGCCCACGGCGUUCAGGCGUCGUAGGAUCAUUCAGCUUUAUUGUUAUCCAUUUCUAUAUGCUAAUAAAUACCAGUUAGGUCAAA